UUGCGUGAGGCCUUUGCAGAGUUUGAUAAGGACAAGGACGGACUGAUCUGCUGUAAAGAUCUGGGGAACUUGAUGAGAACAAUGGGGUACAUGCCCACUGAGAUGGAGCUUAUUGAACUCAGCCAGAACAUAAACAUGAACUGUAAGUCACUUUGUCAGGACGUCCGUCUCCCUCUGUACCUAUCUGUGUCGUUCCACGAAUGGAGUGCCUUUUGCAUCCCUGUGAUAUUUUUAGUAGAAAUUGUGCACCAAUAUUGAAUUUUAAAAGCCUGUUAUACUAAAUGAAGUGCCCUUUUAUAUAUACCACAGGAAUAUUUUAUAAAUCAGAUUUGAAAUAUGAAUAAGGACUUGCUAAAUAGCAUUUUGACGUCCCUCAUGUUUUUCCGACUUACAGGAAGAUUUUAACCCACUUCUUUCUUUAUUUAUUUUACUUUUAUUUUACCAGGGAAGACAUAUUGAGACAUAGGUCUCUUUUUCAAAUGUGCCCUGCACAAUACAACACAAAUAUACAUAUUAUACACCUUAAAAUACAAAAACACAGUCAUGGGAAGCACAAGUAAAUCAUCACAAAUCACCCAGAAAAACUGCUACAUUCCUCCACAAAUAAUUCCCUAAUCAAUACUCUAAACUGCCCAAACGACACCAGAACAUUAAGAUGAAAUGCAUUUUGAAUUUUGUUCCAGAUUCGAUGCAUUAAAACUAAAAGCAGAUUUACCUAGCUCGGUGGAGACCCUCGGAACCUCGAGUUAACCAAUACUGUGAACAGCUUAGGCAACUCAGGUGUCUAUACUUCAACAGCAAAGUUAGAUAAGAUGGAAGUUUAUGAAGUUGGGCCUUGUAAACAAAAAGGGAGUAAUGUAAAGAUCUAUGGGUCUUUAACAAAGGCCAGCCAACCUUUUGAUACAGUGAUGAGUAUCAAAACUGUCACCUGUAACAAAACAAAGGGCACUAUGGUAGAUGGCGUCCAAAGGUUUAACAGUAGUAGCAGCUGCACUUUGAUAAAUAAUAUCACCAUAAUCAAGAACAGAUUAAAAGGUUUCCUACUGCUUAGAGAAAGGCAUGAUCUGUUUCUGUAGAAAAGCCAACUUUAAAUCUUAGCUUCUUAACUAGCUCAUCUACAUGGUUUUUAAAUGUCAAAUCCAUAUCAAUCCAAAUGCCUGAGUAUUUACAAUGUAUAUGCGAGAACGCGUUCAAUUGGAGAACCAUCUAAUGAGUGAACAUGUAAUUAAUCUGAAACAGUCUUACGAGAGUUUAAAAACAACAUGAAUUUCAUUUUGCAUGUAUUAAGCACAAGUUUCAGCAAGGGAUUCCUGCAUAGUUAUAAAAUCGUUUAUGUAGUUUUGACACAGCCAGAUUAACAAUUGGGGCAAUAGCAUACGUAAUAGUAUCAUCCGCACAUAGAUGAAGUUUAGAAAAUCAACCCAUGGUACACCUUUAUGCACUUCAAGAAAUUCAGACUUAACCCCAUCAAUCACUAUGGCCGGAGUUCUGUCACUAAGAUAAUCAUGAAACCAUGAACAGGCGUCAGAGCUCAGGACUAUCAAAGACAACUUACAGUAUUCAAUAAAAUAGCAUGAUCAACAGAAUCAAAAGCUUUUGACAAGUCCACACACAAAGCACCACAUUUAAUUUUAGUGUCCAAAGCAUUGACAAGAUCAUUGACCACUAAAGUGGUUGCUGUAAUAGUGCUAUGCCCAGGCCUAAACCCUGAUUGGUUUACAUUCAAAAUACAUUUCUCAGAUAAAAAAGAGCGAAGUUGUACAUUUACCAUGGAUUCAAGACUUCUGAAAUAUUCCGGAGUGUACCAGGCAUUAAACCUACCUUUAACCCUUCGUUUUUUGAAGGGAGCAUGAUUAUCCACAAUAGUAUUGAAGGCAUCUGCAAAAGGCUGAAAGCUAAAUCAGGUUCAGGGAUAGCUGAAAUACAAUUAAGGUCACUAAAAUAAAGAUAAUGUAAAAAAGCUUGUUCACUGAAGUUUUUAAAGUUCCUCUUUGUGAUGACACGAGGCUUAGAUUUUUGUAAUCUCACAUCUCUAACACAAACAACUGGGCAAUGGUAACUAAUAUAUUGGUUGAAGACACCAGUAGAAACAUAUUUAUCUGGUGUAUUUGUUAGAAUAAGAUCAAUCAGAGUUUGACUUUGAAGGAUCUUUAGGGUUGGGCCUUGUAGGCUUAGUCACCAGCUGGGUUAGGUUUAGAUCAUUACACAGGUCUUUUAGAUUGUCUGAAACCUGCAUUUCCCCAACAAUUUCCCCAAGUUUUCAUUAUCAUUGUAAAGCCCUUGUUACUUUGUUCAUGAUUAUUUACUGUAUUUCGUGUGAUUAGUGAUUCAUUUAAGUUUGUCCCUCUGUCACGUGAACGGAUCUCUCGUUUUUAUAUUGUAAAAAGAUUCAUUUCUAAAUUAUUUUUUCAAAAGAAACAAUGAACAUCUAAUAGUCAAAUCAUAGUGUAAAAGCAGGUGAGCUGGUGAGCUGGUUCCACUCUUUUUGGCCUUUUUCUGGUGUUUUGUGGUGGAAAACUGAGUGAGUUGAGCAUAACACAUCAACCCUCUUACCUAUGGAUAGAUAGGCUAGACAUGAUAUUUAUUUAUUACAUGAAGCAUGCAAUCAAUUGCCCCUCCCUGUUGCACACAACAAGCUUCCAUUCCCCCUGUCGCAAGGGGAGUUAUGGCUGAUUUAAAAUAAACUUCAACCCGGUUACUUUAAUUCCCACCUUUUAUUACCCUUUUUGACACCCAGAGGCAUAACACGUUACGACAUGGUCAUAACCAUGACAUAAUAUGGUAAUAACACUGUCAUGACACAUCUGUUUAGACCUGUUGUGACAUAUAUUGUGUUAUUUUAUGGCAUAAGAGUUUAAAUACCCACGAAACCUACCACGGUAGUUAUUUUAUGGCUGGUUAUGACACCUACAGUGCAUUCAGAAAGUAUUCAGACCCCUUGACUUUUUCUAUAUUUUGUUACUUUACAGCCUUAUUCUAAAAUUGAUUACAUUUUUAAAAAAUCCUCAUCAAUCUACACACAAUACCCCAUAAUGACGAAGCAAAAACAGGUUUUUAGAAAUGUAUUAAAAAUAUUAAACAGAAAUACCUUCUUCUUUACAUAAGUAUUCAGACCCUUUGCUAUGAGACUCGAAAUUGAGCUCAGGUGCAUCCUGUUUCCAUUGAUCAUCCUUGAGAUGUUUCUACAACUUGAUUGGAGUUGACAGUGCAUGUCAGAGCAAAAACCAAGCCAUGAGGUUGAAGGAAUUGUCUGUAGAGCUCCGAGACAGGAUUAUUUCGAGGCACAGAUCUGGGGAAGGGUACCAAAAAACUCCAGACGGAAGCCACUGCUCAGUAAAAGGCACAUGACAGCACGCUUGGAGUUUGCCAAAAGGCACCUAAACAAUAUUCUCUGGUCUGAUGAAACCAAGAUUGAACUCUUUGGCCUGAAUGCCAAGCGCCACCUGGCACCAUCUAGUCAGGAUCAAGGGAAAGAUGAACGGAGCAAAGUACAGAGAGAUCCUUGAUGAAAACCUGCUCAGGACCUCAGACGAGGGCAAAGGAUCACCUUCCAACAGGACAACGACCCUAAGCACACAGCCAAGACAACGCAGGAGUGGCUUCGGGACAAGCCUCUGAAUGUCCUUGAGUGGCCCAGCCAGAGCCCGGACUUGAACCCGAUCUAACAUCUCUGGAGAGACCUGAAAAUAACUGUGCAGUGACGCUCCCCAUCCAACCUGACAAAGCUUCAGGAUCUGCAGAGAAGAAUGGGAUAAACUCCCCAAAUACAGGUGUGCCAAACGGAGCAAUUGGGGAGGCUGUAAUCACUGCCAAAGGUGCUUCAACAAAGUACUGAGUAAAGGGUCUGAAUACUUAUGCAAAUGUAUAAUUUCAGUCUUUUAUUUUUAAUACAUAUGCAAAAAAUUAAAAAACCUAUUUUUGCUUUGUCAUUAUGAGGUAUUGUGUGUACUGUAGAUUGACGAGGGGAAAAAACUAUUUAAUCCAUUUUAGAAUAAGGCUGUAACGUAAUAAAAUGUGGAAAAAGUCCAUAUUACCAUAUUCAAUGAUCAUAGUAAUUGCGAACACAUUGAUGCUAGACUUGCACCAACCCCAAUGCUCUGUUGCUGGUGACUGGGAUGAAUGCAGGAGCAGACUUCAGGAGCAGGACAAGACACCCUCUUUUUGACUGAUGACUGAUGUACGUGAUAGGCCUAUCUGGCUUAUUUGAUUAUAAUGGUCAUAACGCUUCUUGACAGUGUUACGAAAGUGUAUUUUCUUAGUCCAAGUAAAGUGACACAGGAUUGUCAUAAUGCUUCAUGACAUAAAGUCUAUUUUCUAUAAGGUAUUUAAAAUAUGAUGAAGAAAAUAUGACUGUAAAGAAUUAAUUACAAGAACAACAAAGGAUUUAAGAAACAAACUUUCAAACGAAACUUCUUGGCAGGGAAAAAACUAAUUUGAAUAAAUGUGGGUUUUGACACUCUUAUGUAGGUGUCAUAACCAGACAUAAAAUAACGCAAUAUAUUUCACAACAGGUGUAAAUAUAUGGGUCAUGACAGUGUUAUGACCAUAUUAUGACAGGUUAUGACUGUGUCAUAACAUGUUAUGACACUGGAUGUCAAGUAAAGUGUUACCAAAAUAAAAGGCACAUUUUAACAUUGUCAUACAGAGCAAAUGUUCAAAUUAACAAAAAACAAGUUUUCCCAUCUCUGGAGGUUACAUUAAGAAUGAAAUAUGUACCAUUAUUUUACAAUUUACACUACCCAAAGAUCACAUCUAUCAAUCUUUGUCACAGUAACAUAACUCCACAACAUGUAACACAGUGGUCAUCUACACUGCAACACCAAUCCUAUUACUGUAUAAGACAAUGGGAUUUCUUUAAUGUAAUGAUUUUGAUUUCCACCACCCUCUCUCACAGUGGGAGGGAGAGUGGACUUUGAGGAUUUUGUGGAACUGAUGGCCCCUAAACUACUGGCUGAGACUGCGGGUAUGAUUGGACUAAAGGAGCUGAAAGACGCUUUUAAAGAGGUGAACCAUCCAGAUGAUUAUCCUUGUAAUUUGUUGUUCUCUUUCCAUCUAUUACCAUCCCUGAUGACCAGGUACCCACAUGUAUGCACUCACACAUUCAUGCACACACAUACACACACUUUGAUAGGUUAUUUCUCUCCUAUCUCCCUUUCAAAUAGUUUUAUAUGGAUAAUUAUCUCUCCACCCUCUCCAUGUGGGUUAGUUUUAGCUUUAUAGAAGACGACAUCUCUUUUAUCUCUCCUUCCCGGUUAUAGUUUGACAUGGAUGGUGACGGAUCAAUUACCAUCGAUGAGUUGAGGCACGCCAUGACUAAGCUACUGGGAGAAAAUACCAACAGAAAAGAGAUUGAGGCUCUGGUCAGGGAGGCUGACAACAACGGAGAUGGCACAGUUGAUUUUGAGGGUGAGACAAGGACACAAACAUUCACAUCCAUUUAUGAUCUCACACGUGCAACCACAAAUACACACGCAGACACACACCGAAAACAACCCCAAAUAUACACACACAUGCACGUAUGUCUGCCGCCACACUCACACGCACACAAAUUCAAAAAUGUUAGAACUGGUCAGCUUAUUAGUAAUAGUUUUUAAAUUGACCGUUUUCAUACAUGACGAAGGUAUAUAUGAAUAUUUAUUUGUGUUUGAUACUUAAACCAUUUUAUGAAACACUUCAUAUUACUCUUCGAAUUACAAUCACAUAUAAAUCCAAUGAGUGGUAUUCAGAAUGGAUGCCGUGUCAAACAGAAAGGUACUAGGGAAAACUCUUGUUUGACAUCAUUUAUCUCAAACAGUCCAUUCACACUCACUAGCGGAGCUCAAUUAAAUAUUUGUGAAUGUCGAAUAUUUGAAGCUGUCGAACAUUUUCCAUUUCUCAUCUAUGCUCAAUAAGUUUCCAGUGACUUGAUCUCAUCUUUCUGAGUGCCAGGAGACCCCUCUCUAAGCUGCUCCAGUUACCUCCUCUCAAUGCAAGUCAGAUCUCCUAUUUUUUCUCUCUCCCUAUCUUGCAGAGUUUGUAAAAAUGAUGUCACGGGAAUGAAGAGAAGAUGAGAGAGUGGAAGAGUGGAAGGGGUAAUACAUUCCUUCACAAGAGUCAACUACAGUCGUCAUAUUCUCAUAAUCACAAAUUGUAUAGAACAAUGUACAGCAUGUGCCCUUUUGAGCUGUAGGUAUGCCACAUAGCUCUUUUUAACUUCUGUAUGUUUGUCCUGUGUUCAUCCCUUAAGUAUCUUUCCAAAAAUACACAAUAUAUACAAAAGUAUGU